GAGGCUUCCUGGGGGUGCGUGGAGACAGAGGGAGAGGAGGGAAGAACGAAGAAGAAGAACAGGAGCCAUCCCGCUUGCUUCCUUCCCCUUCUCUCCCUCCCCCGCCGCCGGCGCCUCUCACCGCGGGCGCGCGCCGACAGGGCAUCGCAUCGCAUCGCUGCGCCCGUGCGUGCGUGCCGGAGGAGUUUGACGUCUCCGGCGAUUACGGCAUGGAUGCCGGGGCAGAGAAGUGCCGCGACGCCGCGGCGGCGGCCGGGGAGGCCGGCAGCGACCUCUACGCGGUCCUCGGGCUCAAGAAGGAGUGCUCCGACGCCGAGCUGAAGGUCGCCUACCGGAAGCUCGCCAUGAGAUGGCACCCAGACAAAUGCUCCUCCUCCAGCAGCGUGAAGCACCUGCAGGAAGCCAAGGAGAAGUUCCAAGAGAUCCAGAGCGCCUAUUCCGUCCUCUCCGACGCCAACAAGCGGUUCCUCUACGAUGUGGGAGUAUACGACAAUGAGGACGACGAGGACAGCCUGCAGGGAAUGGGGGACUUCGUUGGUGAGAUGGCCCAGAUGAUGAGCCAGGCGCGUCCGACGAGGCAGGAAAGCUUUGAGGAGCUGCAGCAGCUGUUCGUGGACAUGUUCCAGUCUGAUCUUGAUUCAGGAUUCUGCAAUGGGCCUACCAAGGGCCAUCAGGUGCACGGGCAAGCCCAAAGUAGAACAUCCUCAACCUCGCCUUCAUCAUCACCGUCUCCUCCUCCUUUUACUAUAGUAACGGAGGCAGAGGUGCCAUCAUGUAAUGGCUUCAAUAAGCGGGGUUCAUCAGCAAUGGACUCGGCGAAACCUCCAAGACCUGUUGAUGCUGGGGUGAGUCAGAGCCAGGCUGGCUUUUGUUUUGGGAUGAGCGACACGAAGCAAGCUCCGAAGACACGAGGCCCAAACACCAGCCGGAGGAGGAAUGGCCGGAAGCAGAAGUUGUCGUCGAAGCACGAUGUUUCAUCUGAAGAUGACACCGCAGGUUCCCAGCACCAGCAGCAUGUAGCAGUUUAACCCUUGGUGUAGUUAUUCGUUGGUCCUUGGCGGCUUGGCCGUGUCAAGGACCCUAGUGCAGCCAGGGCACAGCAUGUUGCCUUUGGCAGCUGCUGUGAUCCGAAGAGGAGUUUAGCUCACCAUAGGCCUUACCUUGAGACCUGCACGUGAAACUCGUCGAUGCUUCUGCAUUUUUCUUUCUCCGCAUGUGUUGCCUGCGUUGUACCAAGACAGUGACUUCCAAUUGAUUCAGUUCUUAUUAACAUCUACCA